GUAAGCUAUACUUGUAUACUUGCAUCCAUGUAUGAGAUUUGCUUCAACUACACCAUCAACAUCAACUGACUAUGGUGCAAAAAGUGUGCAUAAACAAAGGUAUAGUUAAAGAAAUGCAAACCUCACGUUUACACUAGCCCUCUGUUACAAGAUAAUCAGCCUUAAACCAAAAUAUGUUUGAAUUUAGAAGCAGUCUGCUCACUCUAGGAGCUUGUACUGAUUAGGCAGGUAAAAUUGUGUUGAGGCAUUUCUCAAAGGGUAUGUAAUAAAAGAAGAAAUAACAGAUUUUUGAGCUGCUUACUAGGAGGGAAGUGUGCAGGCCAUAAGAAAAAAAAGGAAAAGUUGUCUCCUUGCCUCUUUCAUGCUAAUUAAUGCAUUCAGAAGCUGUAGUGAAAGGAAUUUAAACUCGUGAUAGUCAUAAGAGAACAGAUCAAAGAAGAAAGAACAGACUAAGUCAAGGAAAAGAAAGUCGUACAUGCCUUUCAGUUAACAGACCAAAUACAGGUUUGAAGGAGGUUUGAGCAAGAUCAAGCUCACAAAAUGCCCAGAAGAAACCACCAUCCAGAUGGCACCUUUUUCAGAGGGAAAGGAUAUGGCUAUCUUGCAGCAGAAGAAGCUUUGGGUAUUGGACUCUUUAUUCUGGUGCUGGCAAUUUUACUUAUCUUUGGCUGCUGGUAUUACAAAAGACGUAGUGGCUAUAAGAGCCUGCAGAGCAAAAGCUCUCGUGUGGGCACAAUACGAACCAUGGUAGGUGAGGGACCCACAUCGGACUGUAAAAUGGCUCUGCAGGACUACAGAAACUUCAAUUUUGUGGUACCUGAUGCUCCACCAGCUUACGAGAAAAUUGCUGCAGAUCAGUUACCACCACCUUAUUCACCAUAACAAAAAAUAUAUUAAACUCUAAACAUACUGAUUCAAUUUCUUCAUGCUUCCUCCUAAUUCCCGUGCAUGCUUAACUUUCCUAAAGCUAAAAUCAUUAAAAAAAAAUCGCAUGCUUUCAUUAGUAGUUGCUGAAAAUUAUUCCUGUUUAUUUUACAGCACUGGUUCUUGAGAUGCCUCAAUAAAUCUAAAAGUGAGUUUGUUUUAACUUUUAGUUUCCUCUAUCCAGAAUAAUACACUAUACUCAAGUGUGGGCAUCUUGCAUCAUUCAUAGAUCUGCCAUGAGUAGGUAUGUACCAAUGAGUAUUGAUCACCGUAGAAAGUGUUGGCACCUUUGUUUUCAUCUUCCCCACUUACUCUCACUUUCUUUAAAAAAGAAACAAAUAAACUAUUCCCUAGAAUGUCAUAAAAUGGACAAACCCAUUUGACUACAUGUCCUCUUCCACAGACUAACCAUUUUCCCAGACAGUGGUUCUACUAGCGGUUCUAAAAUGAACCUGCAAAAAGCAACUGAUUUACAACAGGCUUUUAUCUCACAUUACUUGUUUAUGUACCUGCAAUGAAAUAAUUCCUCAAAAAACAUGAUCCAGGCAGCGUAGGAAUUUCUGCUUAGAGGUCAUAUUAUUUCAUACUGUUCAAAGGAUAUAAUCACCUUUGCUUUCUUUCUGGCAGUCUUGUGAAAAAGCAGAAGAACUUAGUACACAUAGAGCUUUAAGUAUCAUCUGUUUCUAACACAACAAAACACGAGAAAAUGUGUAAAGCCCUCGUUCCUUGAAGAAUACAGAAGACAGCAGGCUCCAGGGUGUUAGUUAUUCCAGGCUGGCAGAAAACUUGCAGUACCAGAAAAGAAAGAACUGUGAUACACGUAAAUUAGGCUACAUGCAUUUGGCAAUUAUUGUUAAUUUAGAUUUUUUUUUUUUAACGUUUUCUUGCUAGAUUAUUACUUAAGAUUAUAUGCAGAUCAUUGAAUUUAUAUACAAGGCCUGAUAUCACACAGCAGGAGGCAGUUAAAACUGUACAACCUUCCCUAAAAUUAAAAGUAGUUAGAGAAGAUGACGAUUUUUAUAAAACAGUUAUUAUUUGCCAUUAGGAUCGGUUCCUUGCCAUUAACUAUGCAAACACAAACACCUUAAACCAAAACAGAAAGUUAUAAAUACGAGGUAAAUUUACUUACCUAGCAGAAACUCCAUAUACGGUGAUAAAUAAGAAGACAUGUUUUUAGAACUGUUUCAUUUGUAAUAAAAAUGUUUAUAUAGAUUAGUAAAAUUAGAUACUUUUUGGAAGGUAAUAAAUAUCUUUAAUUGCUGUAAAAAUUUAUAAUCAAUAUGUCUAUUUUUAUAAAAUUAAUUGAUUUGUAUUUAGAAAUUUAGAGAGGUACUUCAAUGUAAAAAACUGUCUUACCUGUGUCAUUUCCAGUAUAUACCUUUAAGGAAAAAAGUCUUUGGACUUGCUUAGUGACAGGAAGAAGAAUACUGAGGAAAAUACACAAAAUGGCAGCAUAUAGCUGGUAAGCAUCAGAGAUAUAGAAGACAAUUUAUUGCAGAACUGAUAGGAUAAAGCUUGAUGCUAAUGAACUUUGUCAGCUCUGUACUCUGCAAUUCUCUUCUCUGUGGCAACAUCCUUUCAAAACACUGUGUGGUUGUUAUGCUUGAAUGGAGCUGACACACACAUUCAUGGCUGAGAGAAAAAGUAAUUUCUAUAAUGACUAAUUACUGUAAAGAAGUGAAUUGCAGUUGCCUAGAGUUCAGAAAGCUUUACUUGAUCCCACACAUUUUUCAGUAGCAUCAGCAUUAAAUACGUUACUAGCCAUUUCAAAAGCUGAUGAGGAAGUUAACAUUGACUAAGUAGGAGCACUAAUUUAUUUCCAGAACUAACUAAGGCCAAAUUGGUGGAACUGCUCAGCAGCUACAUCUGGAAGUAUUGAACUAAUUUAUAGAUACUUAAAGGAUAAAUAAGCCCUCUUGCAAAUCUGUCUGUGGUUUUCAGAAAGUACUCCUAUUUUUCCUACCUGUGAAAGGAGUUUUCUUUCUUUAAAGACACAGUCAGACAUUGGUCUCAGAUUUUAAUUAGUGCGUGAAGAUAGGAGCAAGAAAUAGAUGUUGUAGUGUACUAUAUUAUAUAAGCGGAAGCUUCGUGACUCAUGCUGAACAUCCUCACACGUACCAUUUUUCAAAAUUUGCUCUAUGAGGGUACACGGGAUAUUUUGGCUGCUGAUCCCUUAAAAAACCCUGUAGAGGGUAGGUCAGAACUUGAAAGCAAGAGACAUGUAAUUGCUAAAGCUGCAUGCUGCAAGAAAGCUGGCCACAACAUGUAUUUCCUGUAUUACACUCAAUCACACUGCACUUGACUAAAGACAAGCUUAAAAUUUCUAGGAUGUCUGUCCCCUUAAAAAGAAAGAGAAAUGUAUAGAAACUUCUCAUUCUAUAUGGAGAAUGUGGUAUAGAGGCCUCAAAUUUCCAGGACAGGCUUUCCUAUUAGACAGUCAUAUGACCCCAUAGUAAUAAACGGUCACUAGAA